CGCCCCACACUUGAGUCGACGAGAAGGCCACUUCGAACCGAGAUGCUGAGUCUGAAAACCCUCCCGUGUCUUCACCGCCCCUACGCCCCCUUCAAAUCUCUUCUCUUCCCCUCCUGCCUUUCCCCCCCUUCCUUAUUCUCACCUCCCUCUCCGGCCCGCCCCUCCCUAAUCCUUUCCGCCGCCCCCGCCGCCUUGUCCGCCGCCUCUGCCGCCUACUCUGCCGCCACAAAGAUGGCCGCCGCUGCCUGUACCACUGUUGAGCACGUAGUCCUCUUUAAGGUCCGCGAUUCCACCGAUCCCUCCAAGAUCGACGCCAUGAUCUCCAAUCUCCGGUCCCUUGUCUCCCUCGACAUCGUCUCCCACCUCGCCGCGGGGCCCAUCCUCCGUAACCGCUCCGCCGCUGCCUCCGCCGCCGGCUUCACCCACCUCCUUCACAGCCGCUACCGCUCCAAGCCCGACCUCGCCGCCUACUCCGCCCACCCCGCUCACCAGGCAGUCGUCAAGGAACACGUCCUCCCCAUUUGUGACAACAUCAUGGCCGUCGACUGGGUCGCUGACCUCGACGGACCGGCGCCGCCACCGGGGUCAGCGAUGCGGCUGACCCUGGCGAAGCCCAAGGAGGGGGAGGCGGCGGCGGAGCUCCUGACCGCGAUCCAAGGGGCCAAAGGGGCCGCCCCGUCUGCCUGGCAGGUGAGCUACGGGGAGAACUUCUCGCCGGCGAGGGCCAAGGGGUACUCCGUGGAGUUUCUAUCGGUGUUCCCGGGGUUGGAGGAGCUCGAUGCAAUGGACGGGGAAGGGAAUGAGGCUGUGGAGGCGCAUAAGGAAAAGGUGAGGCCGCUGCUUGAGAGCCUCAUCGUCGUUGAUUUCGUGGUCCCGGCCCCGCCGGCUGCUAGCCUUUAAUGGAUUCCCCUAAAAAGAUCAUCACCAUGGAGGUUGCAUCAUGCUCAGGUUACUAGCAUUGUUGCUCAUUGCCGUCUUUGUUAAUCAUCAACAUGCUUUUCCUUGUCAAGAGAAUGAUGUCCUUUCUUCAAAUUGAGGCUGAUACUGUCAUUUGGCAUACAUUAUUUCCUUAUCAUAUUUAUCUUAAUGUACAAUAAUUUUCUGUUCUCAUUAUGCGAGUGUCAUCUAUUUGCACCCGAACAGUUUGAUUAUGUUAUAUUGCUCUGGAGUUCUGCUUUUCUAUGA